AUGGCCUCAUCACCUUAUUCCGACGAAAUCGUGGAGGAUAACUACUAUGAUCCUUGGUUACUCGAGGACCAUCCUCUCCGAUCAUACCCUACAGAGUGCUGCCCCGGAUUGCUCAUGUAUCUUCAAACCUGGUACGCCGCCGUGAGGAAGAACUGGGGCGAGCGUAUCUUUCGAGUGGUUUGUCUUUUAGUGGCACUCCAAUUCCUAGCAAUUCUACCAUAUGGAAUCACCUAUCUCAUCCCCAAAUCGAACUGGGACCAAUUCGAAGAACAAACCUACGUCGCCCGUUGGCCAGCCGAAUUAGAAUCUGGCGAUGGCCAAAGUACUUGUCUCUCGGUCAACCCGAGAGCUCAUGCUGGUGCCAUCCAGCAAUCCAUCGCCGCUGGCUGUACAGGAGCCAGAGCCAGUGCUUGGCUACACAGUGAUGAGCUGCUCGUGGGGAGCUCCCUUUCACGCCUGGACGCGAGACAUAAUCUAAACAGUCUAUACCUCGAACCACUCCUUGAGAAGCUGGAGACUAGGAAGGCGAAUGGACUGGAUGCAGAGGGUGGUUUAUUCGAGGACCCCGCCCAGUCCUAUCUCUUGAUGGUGGAUAUCAAGUCCUCCAUUGAGGCGGUGUGGCCGCACCUCAUGUCGCAGCUUGCGACACUGCGACAAAAAGGAUACCUGUCGCACAUGAAAGACAACGAGUUUGUUACCAAGCCGGUGACUGUCGUUGUCACUGGAAGAGCUAUCUCAGAACUCGAAGGGCUGGAAAACGCCCAUAACGAUAUCUUCUUUGAUGCCUCGCUGGACGAUCUCGUGCUGAGUGAUUCCCAAUCGGACUUGCUGGAACGCGACAGCAAUGACGCUGAUGAGUCGAAACGGGCACCUGUCCAGACGCAGGAAAACCAGCCAUCCACCCAACAGGGCUUCUACAGCGCUACCGCCAACUUUAUCACCACCGUUGGGUUCCCACACCAAGGCCGAUUCUCUCGACAGCAGAUCGAGUUGAUCCGGGCGCAGGUGCAGGCGGCACGUCAGAGGGGCUUCAAGUUGCGGUAUGAGGGGAUUCCGCGACGAAAGGGCAAGAUGCGGGAUCUGAUCUGGCAUGUGCUGGCACGGGAAGGAGCGGAUCUGAUUGAGGUGGACUGGAAUGCAAAUGGCAAAGGAUGGUGGCGGCUGUUCACGACUGGGACCGGCUCUGGGGGGAAAUAUGUAUUAUGA